AUGGCAAUGGCACAUGAUUUAAAUAGCGAGGCCGGAUUUGAACUUAACAGUCCCCAUAACAAUCGGAUUUUGUUAUCAAAUAAGAUAGUUCCAGCUUCCAACGCAUUAAAUCUGUCUUCUAUGAGCGUUAAACUGAGUGUUGACAAUAAUGACUCAUCAUGCAGAAUAUGUAUGGAACAUGAAACACCGAAGUAUCCCUUGGUUUCUCCUUGCCUAUGCUCAGGCUCAGUGAAAUACAUUCAUGAAGAAUGUCUUAAAACAUGAUUGGUGGCACAAGACAAGAUUAAGACUAAAAGGCUUAAAGUCUCCCAGGUUUGAUGCCUCAGCACGCUUUCGACAGCCGACAACUGCUUGUCGGGGUGUCGAUUAGCUACUUGUAGAACUUCUGUCUUCUCUCGGAACUGGGCUUGCACAGUCUACCCUGAGUCUUGACGGAUUAGGAAGACUCCCGUGCUUCACUUCAUUAGGGUGCUUUGGAAGUAAAGGUUAGCACGAUACCUCCUGUCGGCCACCUUUGGAGAGGUGACACCAGGAAAAAAGACUACGGCCAUCUGGAGCCAGGUGUAAAGACCUGUAGUCAAAAACCAUCCGGAUAAUCAAUACUUCGGAUUGGAAUGCCACCAGCUUACUUCCAAGAACUACCUACCCCAUACGGCACGCUCUAGGCAAUUCUAAGAGUCAGAAUUAAAGGGUUUCUGCCUUGGUUUUGGCUAUAAACCCAUUUUGGCGCCCGGUAUGGUGCGAUCUCCGUAAGGACAUAUUUCGUUACUACCAUAUUAAUUAUAUGCACAAUGCAAGGAUCUUGCAGAAAGUGCUUGCGAGAUAUGCAAAGCCAAGUAUAAAAUGACGUUCAAAAUAUCAAGCCAAUGCUCGCCUAAGCAUAGCUUAAAACAAGGUUUCACUCAUUUUCUUUUUAUUCCCCUUUUAUCUGCAGUAAUAGUAAUGCUUUUUGUAAUUAUCUAUUUGCUUAUAGACAAGUAUAGAUCAGACGCAGAUGAUAAGCAAAAAGGAUACAUGAUGGCAUUAAUUAUUAUUUGUGGUUUAUCAGGAGUUGUUAUUUUUUUACUGAUCUGUAACUCUAUUAAAGAGUCUUGCAUUAUUGCGAAGGUUACGGACUGGUCUAUUCUCUCGCAAAGUGAGGAGAUAGAAGAAAGCAUAGAUCCUUCGAAGCAGGAAAUAUCUAGCCUUUCAGCCAUAAAUAAGCAAUUUUUUAUGCUUCCUUUCUUAGGCAAUCUUUUUGUUUUUAUGAAGCUAAAAUACAUUAAAUUUUAUGAUUACAAAGAAUAUAAAUGUUUGAAAUGAUUUUUUUUUUUAAAAAUAUUUAUUUUAGUUUGAAUAUCUAUCUAUAUUAAUAGAAAUAAUUUAUAUAAAAAGUAUAUUUUCAUAUAAGAAUUAUUUUCUUUUGAAAAGUAAGGAUGAUAUUGUAAUUGAAAGGAUUGCAUCAAUUGAGACCAACGUACUGCUCAUACCAAAAAAGAUUAAAAUAAGAAAAAGAAGAGUCCAGACCCCAACUCUAAAUCCUCCAAUGGUACCGGUGUACCGAGCUGGGCAAACAGUGGCAUUUACUCCAAAGCUUGUGACUGAAAUUAGCCUAAUGUCAGCAAAUUCAAGCUUAGCUAUGAGGAAGAAGGAGUCAAAAAAUAACACUCUUUGGGAUAAUGAUCAAGUAUACAGUAUAGGAAAGCUCGAAUCCAGCAUGAUCUUUAUCUCUUCAAACCCAAAUGUGUCAAGCCCAUAA